AUGGCAGGAGAGAUGAAUUCCUGGGACAUCCUUUUGGAAGCACUGAAGGAUCUUGUGUUGGACAUGUUCAAUAAGUUCAAGCUUAAAUUAUCACAUAUUGAUUACAAAGGAAUGCCUAAUCUAUCCAGAGGUUUACUUGAAGAAAUGAAUGAUGUAGUCAGGCUUGCUGAUUGCAUGUGUGAGCACUAUAGACCAGACAGUGCUGUGGAAUUAGCCAUCUGUGUGCUGGAAGGGAUCAGUCAAAGAGACACUGCAACUAAACUGAAGCAGAAGAGACAGCAAGAUUACCGACAGAAAUACAGAGACCACGUAGCAAGAGAGUUCCAUACAUUUAAAGAGGGGAAUGCUUGUCUGGGUGAGAAUGUGACUCUAAGCAGUAGAUAUACGAAGCUGAUGAUGGUUACGAACCCUCAGGGAAGAAGUGAACUAGACCAUGAAGUCCUGGGUCUAAGAGAAAGACGUGCAGAAGUCAGAAGAGAAGAUACUCACUUUGCAGUUACUGUAGAAACACUUUUUCAUCCUGAUGAAAGAGGUCAAACUCCACAGAUCAUUGUGCUAGUGGGUGGCGCAGGGAUUGGAAAGACAGUGACAGUAAGAAAGAUCAUGCUAGACUGGGCAAGAGGAGCCAUUUAUGCACAAUUUGACUAUGCUUUCUACAUAAACUGUAGAGAAAUCAACCUUUCGCAGCAGGCAGAUAUGCUGAGUCUGGUGAAUCUGAUCUCAGCCUGCUGUCCUUGUGGAAAGGCACCACCUGAAGCAAUCCUGGCUAGUCCCGAAAAACUUCUGUUUAUCAUUGAUGGUUUUGAUGAACUGAGGUUUCCCUGUGAUCAGCCAAAAAAUAAACUGUGUUCUGACUGGGGGGAAAGGAAGCCAGUGGAAAUCAUUCUGAGCAGUUUAUUUCAGAAAACUCUCCUCCCUCAGUCCUCCUUGCUCAUCACUACAAGACCAACAGCUCUUCAAAGGCUGGGACAGUGUCUAAAGGAGGAGCGUUAUGCAGAAAUAAUGGGCUUUUCAGAUGCUGAGAAGGAGGAAUAUUUCCACACGUUCUUCAGGGAUGAAGAGAAAGCAAUAAAAGCUAUUACCUUUGUCAAAAGAAAUGACACUCUGUUUGCCAUGUGCAUUGUACCCAUCAUGUGUUGGACCAUCUGCACUGUCCUUGAACAAGAACUUAAUGAAGGGAAAGAUCUUGCCCAGACUUCUAGAACAACCACAGAGCUGUACAUGCUGUACAUUUCCAGCUUACUCAAGCGUAGGACUGACCAUCUGAAGCAGGAUAUGAAGAAAUUCCUGAGCAGGCUUUGCUGCAUGGCUGCUGAUGGAAUUUGGAAGCGGAAGAUCCUGUUUCAGGAAAAGGAGAUUGAGGUGUAUGGCUUAAAUCACCCAGUCCUCCUCUCCCUUUUUCUGAAUGAAAGUGUUCUAAGAAAACGUAUGAAGUGUGUGAGUGUCUACAGCUUUCUUCACCUGAGCUUUCAAGAGUUUUUUGCAGCAUUGUAUUAUGCACUGGAGGACAAUGAGGAAACUGGAGAAUUGGGCAUGCCAGGGAACGAUAUAAGGAAGGUGUUAGAAAAGUACACUGAGUAUGAUACAAAUUGGAUAUUAGUGGUACGAUUCCUGUUUGGCCUGUUAAAUGAGGAAACAAGUAAGUACCUGACAGAAAGAACUGGGUGUAAAAUCUCACCUAGAGUUAAGAAAGACUUACUGAAGUGGAUUCAAAUAGGCCAAGGAGUGAUUGACAACUUGAAUGUAUUUCACUGUUUGUUUGAGAUUCAAGAAGAAAUGUUUGUGAGCAAUGCAUUGGAACAUUUCACUGGGAUAGUUCUGAAAGACUGCAUCCUGAGCCAAUAUGAUCAAAUGAUCCUUGCAUUUUGUGUCAAACAGUGGACUGGGCUGAACUCCUUUCAUCUUGAAUAUUGCGCAGUUGCACUGGAAGACCAUGAAAAUGAGUUUAUUCCAGGACCUCCAGAUAGGUCACAUCAGUUGUGGUGGUGCCGACUCAGCAGCACCAUCUGUGAGGACCUGGCCACAGUGCUCAGCACCAGUCAGAGCCUGAGAGAGCUGGACCUUGGUGAUAACGAGCUGGAAGGCCUUGGACUGCAGCUGCUGUGUGAGGGGCUCACACAUCCUUCCUGCCAGCUGCAGACGCUGCGAUUGGUGAGAUGUCAACAUGCUGGUGCUGUCUGUAGGCACCUGGCCACGUUGCUUAGCACCAAGCAGAGCCUGAGGGAGCUGAACCUGGAAGGAAAUGACCUGGGUGACCCUGGACUGCAGCUGCUGUGUGAAGGGCUGAAACAUCCUUCCUGUCAGCUGCAGACACUGCGGUUGCAGUGGUGUCAACUUGAUAGCGCCUGCUGUGGGGACCUGGCUGUGGUGCUUAGCACCAACCAGAGCCUGAGGGAGCUGGACAUGCAGGGAAAUCCGCUGGAAGACCUUGGAGUGCGGCUGCUGUGUGAGGGGCUGAAACAUCCUUCCUGCCAGCUGCAGAUGCUGCGAGUGUUGCGGUGUGAACUUACCAGUGCCUGCUGUGGAGACCUGGCCACAAUACUGAGCACCAGCCAGAGCCUGAAGGAGCUGGAUCUGGAAGAAAAUGAGCUGGGAGACCCUGGAGUGCAGCUGCUGUGUGAGGGGCUGAAACAUCCUUCCUGCCAGCUGCAGAUACUGCGGUUGUGUCACUGUCAACUCACCAGCACCGUCUGUAGGGACUUGGCGGCAGUGCUCAGCACCAGCCAGAGGCUGAGGGAGCUGGACCUUUCUUUUAACAGCCUGGGAGACCUUGGACUGCAGCUGCUGUGUGAAGGGCUGAAACAUCCUUCCUGUCAGCUGCAGACACUGCGGUUGUGGCAUUGUCAACUCACCAGCACCGUCUGUGGGGACCUGGCGGCAGUGCUCAGUGUCAGCCAGAGCCUGAGGGAGCUGGACCUUGGUGAAAAUGAGCUGGGAGACUUUGGACUGCAGCUGCUGUGUGAGGGGCUGAAACAUCCUUCCUGUCAGCUGCAGACACUGCGGUUGUGUCACUGUCAACUCACCAGCACCGUCUGUAGGGACUUGGCGGCAGUGCUCAGCACCAGCCAGAGGCUGAGGGAGCUGGACCUUUCUUUUAACAGCCUGGGAGACCUUGGACUGCAGCUGCUGUGUGAAGGGCUGAAACAUCCUUCCUGUCAGCUGCAGACACUGCGGCUGCUAGGCUGCAUACUCACCAAUGCCUGCUGUGGGUACCUGGCCACAGUACUCGGCACCAAUCUGAGCAUGAGAGACCUGGACCUUAGUUUUAACAAGCUGGGAGACUCUGGAGUACAGCUGCUGUGUGAGAAGCUGAAACAUCCUGAUUGGCAGCUGCAGACACUGCGGUGA